CUGGAUCCUUUGCUCCUUUAUCGCAGCCGCCGCCGCCUUGAUCCCCUUCCAAACCCUAGCGCUGUGCAGCAGAUCGACGAUGGGCUUCGACGUCGGCGUCGUCCCCUUCAACCCCGACGGCUGGGGCCCUCCUGAUACAGCCUCCGCCCCGCUCCUCCUCUUCAGGAACGACGGCGGCUCCACUCAGCCGGCCAACAUCCCUUUCGCCCCCUUUUCCCGCUCUGAGAAGCUAGGGCGCGUGGCCGACUGGACACGAAACCCUAAUUUCGGCGCCAAUGCCGCUCGUUCGGGGGCUGGAGGCGGCCGCGACGCUGUCUUUGACUUCGCUCUCGACGAGUUCUCUGGCCAAUCGGCCGGUGCCGGUGAUGACUCCACGUUCCGCCUGGUCGACGGCAAGCCCCCGCCUCGCCCCAAGUUCGGCCCCCGCUGGCGCUUCCAGCAGCGGCCGCAGCUGCCGCAGCGUCGCGACGAGGAGGUCGAGGCCCGGAAGCGUGAGGCCGAGAAGGAGCGCGCCCGCCGCGACCGUUUCUACAAUCUGCACCACCGUUCGCAUUUUGCCGGCGGUGGUUUUGGCGGCGGUGCCAAUCGACGCGACUCUCCCCUGCUCAAGUCGUCCGUCGACAUCCAACCGGAGUGGACCAUGCUCGACCAGAUUCCUUUCUCCACCUUCUCAAAGCUCUCCUUUUCCGUCCCUGACCCGCCUGAGGACCUCCUUGUUUGUGGCGGCCUGGAGUUCUAUGAUCGCUCCUUUGAUCGCAUCAACCCCAAGAACGAGCGCCGCCUCGAGCGGUUCAAGUCUCGCAAUUUCUUCAAGGUCACCACCACUGACGACCCAGUAAUCCGCCGCCUCGCUGCCGACGACAAGGCUACUGUUUUCGCCACGGACGUCAUCCUCUCCGCUCUCAUGUGCGCUCCACGGUCUGUCUACUCGUGGGACAUUGUCAUUCAGCGGGUUGGCAACAAACUCUUCUUCGACAAGCGUGAUGGUUCCCAACUCGACCUUCUCUCUGUCAACGAGACUUCGCAGGAGCUCCUCCCUGAUGCUAAGGAGGACAUCAACUCUGCCCACUCCCUCUCCUUUGAGGCUACUUACAUCAACCAAAACUUCUCACAGCAGGUCCUUGUGCGCGAUGGCAACAAGGUUACUUUCGACGAGCCCAACCCUUUCGCCUCUGAAGGUGAAGAAGUUGCAUCUGUUGCAUACCGGUACCGCCGCUGGAAGCUCGACGAGGAUACUCAACUCAUUGCCCGCUGCGAGGUGCACAGCGUCACAGAUGUCAAGGGGCAGCGAGCUUUCAUGACACUGAACGCCCUCAACGAGUUUGAUCCAAAGUACACUGGCAUAGACUGGAGACAGAAACUUGAGACUCAAAGAGGAGCAGUUCUUGCAACUGAACUCAAGAACAAUGCUAACAAGCUUGCCAAAUGGACUGCUCAAGCACUUCUUUCCGGUGCUGAUCUGAUGAAGCUGGGAUAUGUCUCUAGAGUCCAUUCUCGAGACCACUUCAACCAUGUUAUUUUGAGUGUGAUUGGGUACAAGCCUAGGGAUUUCGCUACUCAAAUCAAUCUUAAUACUUCCAACAUGUGGGGGAUUGUCAAGUCAAUUGUUGACCUUUGCAUGAAGCUCAAUGAAGGGAAAUAUGUUCUUGUCAAGGACCCAGUUAAGCCACAGGUGCGAAUCUAUGAGGUGCCAGUAGAUGCAUUUGAGAAUGAAUAUGUCGAAGAGCCUCUGCCAGAGGAGGAGCAGGUGCAGCCGCAGGUGGAAGAAGAUGCUACAGCCAGUGCUAUGGAUGCAGCAGCAGAAGCAGAGGCCAAUGUUGCAGUUGGUGCUGCAGAGGAGGACAAUAAUGCUGGUGCUUUUGCUGCUUAAAUGGUAGUGUAACUGCAAUCAAAAUAUUUUCCCACUGUCAAAUUCAAAAUGAUAUCUUUAUCCGUAAGAACUUUCUUAUUCAUCUGGUUUCAAGUUUUUGUCUAAUAGAACUGUUUGCUUAUUAAUUCUGUUUGAUCAGGCACUUAGAACUGGCUUUGUUGUUUUAAAGUGACUGUAAUACUUGGUUGAAUGCUUGUUUGCCAUAAUUUCGUCAGGGAUCAUUGUUGUUA